AUGUCUUUCAAGAUAUUCUUUGACUUGAACACCAGCCAAACCAACCUCGCAGGUCCCUUUCCCGAGGACAGUCCCACUUUACCGCAAAUCGACCGCUGGGAAGAUUGGGACACUCGCGAGAAACCGUUCGCGUGUACGCAAUGCGACAGCAAAUUUACACGAAGCGAUCUCCUCGUCCGUCACGAGAGACUGAGCCAUGAUGCAGAACGAUGGGGAAGGAAUGGGCGAGGAGAAAAUCGCGGUGGUGGUUCACAAUCAACAUCGUCGCAACGACCGCCGGACGCGAAUAUGAAUACGACGCUUGAUAUGACUGAUGCCACCAGCUUGACUUCUCCCGCCUUCUCUACCUCUCAAAACAUGAUGGGUGCCAGUUUCAUGACGCCCAAUCCAAAUGCACCGACAGCAGCGACGCCAAAUAACCAUGACCUAUCCUUCGCGACCUUGCUCAUGGCAGCGGAACAUGCACAACCUCAGAAUCCUCAACCACAUGCCACGAUGCCACAAUCGAAUCAACUAUCAAACUCCAUUUUUUCAGUACCGGACCAGUUCAUGACCGAUUCGACUGGGCAGCAAUCGAUGCAAGGGUCGACAAAUCACCUAAGUAAUAUGGGCGGGAUGGGACUCGGCGGGUUUGAUUUUGACGACUCUCUUCAAGAUCUCGCAAAUUUCAUGGAUAAUGGGGCGUUGUCGUCCUAUCACUUUUCUUCCAUGAUUAGCGCUGAGCAACCUAUUCCAUUCUUUUCUCCCGAGUCUUUGACACAGCCGAUUGAUGUCGGCCCUUCUACAGGACAACGGCCUGUGUCACGGCCUGUUCAAAACACUGAUCAGCAAGAAGACUCGAGUUCAUUUUCUCGUUACGGAUCACGCUUGCCAUCGCUGCAACCAGAAGAGAGCCCUGCGGCUCAUCAGAACGAACAAGAUACACCUCAGCGGCCUCUACACGACCUCAAUUUAGACGACAGGCAGAAUGUUGCGGUCAAGUUGGCCGAGUUUUCCCAUGCGGUGCCCAGCAACUUCCAGCUCCCCUCGCGUUUAGCGCUAUCGCGUUACCUUGCGGGAUACGUCAACGGCUUUCAUGAGCAUCUUCCCUUCCUCCACAUUCAUACUCUUUCAGUCAACAAUUGUUCCAUAGAGCUCAUCCUCGCCAUGGCAGCUGUCGGAGCUCAGUAUUGCUUCGAGGGCCAAAAGGGCGUCGAGCUCUUCAAUGUGAGUCAGUCGAUUGCCAUGCAGCGCAUUCGACAGCGUGAUGCCAGAUUAGCUGCAUCGCAUCGGUCUGUAGAUACGCCCUCUACGUAUUCCGGCCAACGGAAGUAUAGCGAGGUUUUCCAUGUUGACGAAACGCCUCGAAGUGGCUCUUUGUCUGGUUGCUUAGGGUUGCCGUCUCAACCAGAAGAUCCUACGGUGGAAAAGGAAGACUUGAUGCAAACAGCCCAAGCGUUGCUGCUGCUGAUGGCGAUGGCCACAUGGGCAAAGCAUCGCGAAAUUCUGCGUGAAGCUCUUGCCAUUCAGAGUGUCCUCGCUACAUUGGUGCGAGAUGACGGGUUCAAAAGCCCUCCCGUGACGGACGACAUUACCUGGUCCGACUGGAUACGGCGCGAGACCACCAAGCGGACCAAGUUCAUAGUCUUCUGUUUCUUCAACUUCCACACCAUCGUUUACAACAUCCCCUCUCUCAUCCUCUCCUCGGAGCUCGAUCUGCCCCUCCCUUGCAACGCAGCGGAAUUCAAAGCACCUACGGCCGCCAAAUGGAAGGAGGUUCAUUCUCGCACCCCGCCAGAGGUCGGGUUUCAGACAGCUCUACAUCGCCUGUUCUCCAGGACCAACACCGAAGUCAACACGUACAAUUCCUCACUGGGUAACUAUGUCCUCGUCCACGCCAUUCUCCAGCACAUCUUCUUCGUCCGCCAUACCUCGCGGUAUUGUCUCGAUCACGACGGCGAUUUACGCAACGACGAUGUUGCCGCCAUCGAGCAAGCUCUUCGGAACUGGCAGAUGGCGUGGAAACGGAACCCAGAGUCGUCCCUCGAUCCGAUGAAUCCCAAUGGCCCGGUGACGUUCAAUUCCACGGCGCUGUUGCGCCUGGCGUACAUCAGACUGAACGUCGACCUGGGCCCCGGUCGGGCGCUGGACACUCGUGAUCCCGCCCAGAUCGCCAAUGCCUUUCGCGACAGUCCCUCGGUCAAGCGCACCCCGAAACUAGUGCGCGCCGUGCUACACUCGGCACACGCACUCAGCAUUCCCGUCAAGAUCGGCAUCCACCUGGUCGCGCAGACACAGACAUUCAUGUGGUCGAUCCAACACUCGCUGUGUACGCUGGAGUGCGCCUUUUUGCUGAGCAAGUGGCUGGAAGCUCUGAGUCUGCCGGACUCGGGACCUUCCAUCACCAACGACGAACAGAAGAUCGUCACGCUGGUCAAGACCAUGCUGGACGAGACCGAGUUCGCCAUGCCCGUGGACGUGCCGAUGGAUUCCCCCGCGGCCAUGAAGUAUCUCAGCGCGGGCGUGCUGAGGGUGUGGGCGCAGGUUUUUCGAGGCUCACAGACGUGGGCAAUCGUGGAUGUCAUCGGGUCUAGUUUGAACAUUUACGCCGACAUGCUUGAAGCGGGUUAA